CGUUGUCAUCGUUGUCACUUUUGUCACCGUUGUCACUGUGUUCACUUUUGUGACUUUUGUCACCGUUAUCACUGUUUGUCACUGUUUUCACCGUUGUCACCGUUGUCACCGUUGUCACUGUUCUCACCGUUGUCACUGUUGUCACUGUUGUCACCGUUGUGACGGUUGUCAUUAUUGUCACCGAUGUCACUGUUUUUACCGUUGUCAUUGUUGUCACCGUUGUCACCGUUGUCACUGUCACGGUUGUCACUGUUGUCUGUGUUUUCACUGUUGCCACCGUUGUCACCGUUGUCACCGUUGUCACCGUUCUCACCCUUUUUACCGUUGUCAACGUUGUCUUCAUUGUUAGCGAUGUCACUGUUGUCAGCGUUGUCACUGUUGUCACCGUUGUCACUGUCACGGUUGUCACUGUUGUCACCGUUGUCACCAUUGUCACCGUUGUCACCGUUCUCACUGUGGUCACCGUUGUCACCGUUUUCACCGUUGCCACUGUUGUGACCGUUGUGACCGUUGUGACCGUUGUCACCGUUGUCAUCGUUUUCAUCGUUGUCACCGUUGUCACUGUUGUCACCGUUGUCACUGUUUUGCCCGUUGUCACUGUUGUCACCGUUGUGACCGUUGUGACCGUUGUCACUGUUGUUACUGUUGUCACUGUUGUCACCGUUGUCACCAUUGUCACUUUUCUCCCCGUUGUCACCGUUGUCACCGUUGUCACUUUUGUCACCGUUGUCAAUGUUUGUCACUGUUUGUCACUGAUGUCACCGUUGUCACCGUCGUCACUGUCACCGUUGUCACUGUUCUCUCUGUUGUCACCGUUGUCACUGUUUGUCACCGUUGUCACUAUUGUCCCCGUUGUCGCCGUUGUCACCGUUGUCACUGUUGUCACCGUUGUCACCGUUGUCACUGUUUUCAUCGUUGUCACCGUUGUCACCGAUGUCACUGUUGUCACCGUUGUCACUGUUGUCACCGUUGUCACUGUUCUCACCAUUGUCACUGAUGUCACCGUUGUCACUGUGGUCACCGUUUUCAUCGUUGUCACCGUUUUCACCGUUUUUCAUUGUUCUCACCUUUGUUACCGUUGUCACUGUUGUCGCUGUUGUCACCGUUGUCAUCCUUGUCACCGUUGUCACUAUUGUCACUGUUGUCUCUGUUGUCACUGUUGUCCCUGUUGUAACCGUUGUCACCGUUUUCAUCGUUUUUACUGUUGUCACCGUUGUCACCGUUGUCACUGUUGUCACCAUUGUCACCGUUGUCACCAUUGUCACUGUUGUCACCGUUGUCACUUUUGUCACCGGUGUCACCGUUGUCAUCGUUGUCACCGUUGUCACUGUUCUCACCGUUGUCACCGUUGUCACUGUUGUCAUCAUUAUCACCGUUGUCACUGUUGUCACCGUUGUCACAGUUGUCACUGUUGUCACCGUUGUCACUGUUGUCACCGUUGUCACUGUUGUCACUGUUGUCAUCGUUGUCACCGUUGUCAUCGUUGUCACCGUUGUCACUGUUGUCACCGUUGUCACUGUUAUCACCGUUGUCACUAUUCUCACCGUUGUCACUGUUGUCACUGUUGUCACCGUUGUCACCGUUGUCACUGUUGUCACCGCUGUCACUGUUGUCACUGUUGUCACCCUUGUCACUAUUCUCACCGUUCUCACUGUUAUCACUGUUGUCACCGUUGUCAUCGUUGUCACUGUUGUAACUGUUGUCAAUGUUUUCACCGUUGUCAUCCUUGUCACUGUUGUCACCGUUGUCACUGUCACGGUUGUCACCGUUGUCACCAUUGUCACCGUUGUCACCGUUCUCACUGUGGUCACCGUUGUCACCGUUUUCACCGUUGCCACUGUUGUGACCGUUGUGACCGUUGUCACCGUUGUCAUCGUUUUCAUCGUUGUCACCGUUGUCACUGUUGUCACCGUUGUCACUGUUUUGCCCGUUGUCACUGUUGUCACCGUUGUGACCGUUGUGACCGUUGUCACUGUUGUUACUGUUGUCACUGUUGUCACCGUUGUCACCAUUGUCACUUUUCUCCCCGCUGUCACCGUUGUCACCGUUGUCACUUUUGUCACCGUUGUCAAUGUUUGUCACUGUUUGUCACUGAUGUCACCGUUGUCACCGUCGUCACUGUCACCGUUGUCACUGUUCUCUCUGUUGUCACCGUUGUCACUGUUUGUCACCGUUGUCACUAUUGUCCCCGUUGUCGCCGUUGUCACCGUUGUCACUGUUGUCACCGUUGUCACCGUUGUCACUGUUUUCAUCGUUGUCACCGUUGUCACCGAUGUCACUGUUGUCACUGUUGUCACCGUUGUUACUAUUGUCACUGUUGUCACUGUUGUCGCCGUUGUCACUGUUCUCACCAUUGUCACUGUUGUCACUGAUGUCACCGUUGUCACUGUGGUCACCGUUUUCAUCGUUGUCACCGUUUUCACCGUUUUUCAUUGUUCUCACCUUUGUUACCGUUGUCACUGUUGUCGCUGUUGUCACCGUUGUCAUCCUUGUCACCGUUGUCACUAUUGUCACUGUUGUCUCUGUUGUCCCUGUUGUAACCGUUCUCACCGUUUUCAUCGUUUUUACUGUUGUCACCGUUGUCACCGUUGUCACUGUUGUCACCAUUGUCACCGUUGUCACCAUUGUCACUGUUGUCAUCGUUGUCACUUUUGUCACCGGUGUCACCGUUGUCAUCGUUGUCAUAGUUGUCACUGUUCUCACCGUUGUCACCGUUGUCACUGUUGUCAUCAUUAUCACCGUUGUCACUGUUGUCACCGUUGUCACAGUUGUCACUGUUGUCGCCGAUGUCACUGUUGUCACCGUUGUCACUGUUGUCACCGUUUUCAUCGUUGUCACCGUUGUCAUCGUUGCCACCGUUGUCACUGUUUUCACCGUUGUCACUGUUAUCACCGUUGUCACUAUUCUCACCGUUGUCACUGUUGUCACUGUUGUCACCGUUGUCACCGUUGUCACUGUUGUCACCGCUGUCACUGUUGUCACUGUUGUCACCCUUGUCACUAUUCUCACCGUUCUCACUGUUAUCACUGUUGUCACCGUUGUCAUCGUUGUCACUGUUGUAACUGUUGUCAAUGUUUUCACCGUUGUCAUCCUUGUCACUUUUGUCACCGUUGUCACUUUUUGUCACUGUUGUCACGGAUGUCACCCUUGUCACCGUUGUCACUGUUGUCACCGUUGUCACUGUUGUUACCGUUGUCAUCAUUGUCAUCGUUGUGAGCGUUGUCACCGUUGUCGCUGUUUUCUCUGUUGGCAAUGUCAUCGUUGUCACCGUUUUCACCGUUGUCAUCCUUGUCACUUUUGUCACCGUUGUCACUGUUUGUCACUGUUGUCACCGUUGUCACCGGUUUCACCGUUGUCAUCGUUGUCACUUUUGUCACCGUCGUCAGUGUUGUUACUGUUGUCACUGUUUGUCAUUGUUGUCACCGAUGUCACCGUUGUCACCGUUGUCAGUGUUGUCACCGUUGUCACCGUUGUCACCGUUGUCAUCAUUGUCAUCGUUGUCACCGUUGUUACCGUUGUCAUUGUUGUCAACGUUGUCUCCGUUGUCACUGUUGUCACAGUUGUCACUGUUGUCACCGUUGUCAUCAUUGACAUCGUUGUCACCUUUGUUACCGUUGUCACUGUUGUCAACGUUUUAACCGUUUUCACCGUUGUCACUGUUGUCACCGUUGUCACCGUUGUCACCGUUGUCACUGUGUUCAUUGUUGUCACCAUUGUAACUGUUGUCACUGUUUACACUGUUUUCACUGUUGUCACCGUUGUUGCUGUUGUCACCGUUGUCAUUGUUGUCACUGUUGUCACCGUUGUCACUGUUGUCACUGUUGUCACCGUUGUCACUAUUUUCACCGUUUUCACGAUUCUCACUGUUGUCACCGUUGUCAUCGUUGUCACUGUUGUCACUGUUGUCACCGUUGUCAUCGUUGUCAUCUUUGUCACCGUUGUCACUUUUGUCACCGUUGUCUCUGGUUGUCACUCUUGUCACCGUUGUCAUCGUUGUCAUCGUUCUCACCGUUGUCUCUGGUUGUCACUGUUGUCACCGUUUUUAUCGUUUUACUUUUGUCACUUUUGUCACCGUUGUCACCGUUGUCACCUUUGUCACUGUUGUCACCGUUGUCACUGUUGUCACCGUUGUCAUCGUUGUCACCGUUGUCACUGUUCUCAGCGUUGUCACCGUUGUCGUCAUUAUCACCGUUGUCACCGUUGUCACUGUGUUCAUUGUUGUCACCGUUGUCACCGGUGUCACUGUUGUCACUGUUGUCACUGUUGUCACCGUUGUCACCGUUGUCACUCUUGUCACCAUUGUUACUAUUGUCGCCGUUGUCACCGUUGUCUCUGUUGUCACCGUUGUCACUGUUCUCAGCGUUGUCACCGUUGUCACUGAUGUCACUGAUGUCACUGUUGUCACCGUUGUCACUGUUGUCAUCGUUUUCAUCGUUGUCACUGUUGUCACCGUUGUCACUGUUGUCACUGUUGUCACCGUUGUCACCAUUGUCACUGUUGUCACCGUUGUCACUGUUGUCACCGGUGUCACCGUUGUCAUCGUUGUCACCGUUGUCACUGUUGUCACCGUUGUCACUGUUGUCACCGUUCUCAUUGUUGCCAUUGUUAUCAUCGUUGUCACUGUUGGCACUGUUUUGACUGUUGUCACUGUUGUCACCGUUGUCACCGUUGUCACUGUUGUCACCGUUGUCACUGUUAUCACGUUGUCACUGUUGUCACUGUUGUCACCGUUGUCGCCGUUGUCACCAUUCUCACCGUUGUCACCGUUUUCACCUUUUUCGCUGUUGUCACCGUUGUCAUCGUUGUCACUGUUGUUACUGUUGUCACUGUUGUGGCCGUUGUCAACGUUGUCACGGUUGUCACCGUUGUCAUCGUUGUCACUUUUGUCACCGUUGUCACUCUGUUCACUUUUGUGACUUUUGUCACCGUUGUCACUGUUUGUCACUGUUUUCACCGUUGUCACCGUUGUCAUCGUUGUCACCGUUGUCACUGUUCUCACCGUUGUCACUGUUGUCACUGUUGUCACCGUUGUCACCGUUGUGACCGUUGUCAUUAUUGUCACCGAUGUCACUGUUUUUACCGUUGUCAUUGUUGUCACCGUUGUCCCCGUUGUCACUGUCACGGUUGUCACUGUUGUCUGUCUUUUCACUGUUGCCACCGUUGUCACCGUUGUCACCGUUCUCACCCUUUUUACCGUAGUCAACGUUGUCUUCAUUGUUAGCGAUGUCACUGUUGUCAGCGUUGUCACUGUUGUCACCAUUGUCACUGUCACUGUUGUCACCGUUGUCACCAUUUUCACCGUGGUCACCGUUCUCACUGUGGUCACCGUUGUCACCGUUUUCACCGUUGCCACUGUUGUGACCGUAAUGACCGUUGUGACCAUUGUCACCGUUGUCAUCGUUUUCAUCAUUGUCACUGUUUUCACUGUUGUCACCGUUGUCACUGUUGUCACUGUUGUCACCAUUGUCACCGUUGUCACCAUUGUCACUGUUGUCGCUGUUGUCACCGUUGUCACCGUUGUCACCAUUGUCACUGUUUUCACUGUUGUCACUGUUGUCACUGUUGUCACUGUUGUCACCGUUGUCACCGUUGUCACUGUUGUCACUGUUGUCACCGUUGUCACUGUUGUCGCUGUUGUCACUGUUGUCACCGUUGUCAGCGUUGUCAUUGUUGUCACUGUUGUCACUGGUGUCACCGUCGUCACCGUUGUCACCAUUGUCACCGUUGUCACCAUUGUCACUGUUUUCACUGUUGUCACCGUUGUCACCGUUGUCACCGUUGUCACCAUUGUCACUGUUGUCACCGUUGUCACUGUUGUCACCGUUGUCACCGUUGUCACUGUUGUCACCGUUGUCACCGUUGUCACCGUUGUCACUGUUGUCACCGUUGUCACUGUUGUCACCGUUGUCACUGUUGUCACCGUUGUCACCGUUGUCACCAUUGUCACUGUUGUCACUGUUGUCACUGUUGUCACCGUUGUCACCGUUGUCACCGUUGUCACCAUUGUCACUGUUGUCACCGUUGUUACUGUUGUCACCGUUGUCACUGUUGUCACUGUUGUCACUGUUGUCACCAUUGUCACUGUUGUCACCGUUGUCACUGUUGUCACCGUUGUCACUGUUGUCACUGUUGUCACCGUUGUCAUCGUUGUCACUGUUGUCACCGUUGUCACUGUUGUCACCGUUGUCACUGUUGUCACCGUUGUCACUGUUGUCACCGUUGUCACUGUUGUCACCGUUGUCACCGUUGUCACCGUUGUCACCGUUGUCACCGUUGUCACCAUUGUCACUCUUGUCGCUGUUGUUGCUGUUGUCGGUGUUUUUAUUAUUGGGACUCUGUUUACUGUUGUCACCGUUGUCACCGUUGUCACUGGUGUCACCGUUGUCACCGUUGUCACUGUUGUCACCGUUGUCACCGUUGUCACCAUUGUCACUGUUGUCACCGUUGUCACUGUUGUCACCGUUGUCACUGUUGUCACCGUUGUCACUGUUGUCACUGUUGUCACCGUUGUCACUGUUGUCACCAUUGUCACUGUUGUCACCGUUGUCACUGUUGUCACUGUUGUCACUGUUGUCACUGUUGUCACCGUUGUCACCGUUGUCACUGUUGUCACUGUUGUCACCGUUGUCACCAUUGUCACUGUUGUCACCGUUGUCACCGUUGUCACCAUUGUCACUGUUGUCACCGUUGUCACUGUUGUCACCGUUGUCACUGUUGUCACCGUUGUCUCUGUUGUUACUGUUGUCACCGUUGUCACUGUUGUCACCGUUGUCACCGUUGUCACCGUUGUCACCAUUGUCACUGUUGUCGCUGUUGUCACUGUUGUCACUGUUGUCAUCGUUGUCACCAUUGUCACUGUUGUCGCUGUUGUCACCGUUGUCAUCGUUGUCACCGUUGUCACAGUUGUCACUGUUGUCACUGUUGUCACUGUUGUCACUGUUGUCACCGUUGUCACCGGUUUCACCAUUGUCACUGUUGUCACUGUUGUCACCAUUGUCACUGUUGUCACCGUUGUCACCAUUGUCACUGUUGUCACUGUUGUCACCGUUGUCACCGUUGUCACUGUUGUCACCGUUGUCACCGUUGUCACCGUUGUCACUGUUGUCACCGUUGUCACCGUUGUCACUGUUGUCACUGUUGUCACCGUUGUCACUGUUGUCACUGUUGUCACCGUUGUCACUGUUGUCACUGUUGUCACCGUUGUCACUGUUGUCACCGUUGUCACUGUUGUCACCGUUGUCACCGUUGUCACUGUUGUCACUGUUGUCACUGUUGUCACCGUUGUCACUGUUGUCACUGUUGUCACUGUUGUCACCAUUGUCACUGUUGUCACUGUUGUCACCGUUGUCACUGUUGUCACCGUUGUCACCGUUGUCACUGUUGUCACUGUUGUCACUGUUGUCACUGUUGUCACCGUUGUCACUGUUGUCACUGUUGUCACUGUUGUCACCGUUGUCACUGUUGUCACUGUUGUCACCGUUGUCACUGUUGUCACUGUUGUCACUGUUGUCACUGUUGUCACCGUUGUCACUGUUGUCACCGUUGUCACCGUUGUCACCGUUGUCACUGUUGUCACCGUUGUCACUGUUGUCACUGUUGUCACCGUUGUCACCAUUGUCACUGUUGUCACUGUUGUCACCGUUGUCACCAUUGUCACUGUUGUCACCGUUGUCACCGUUGUCACUGUUGUCACUGUUGUCACCGUUGUCACUGUUGUCACUGUUGUCACCGUUGUCACUGUUGUCACCGUUGUCACUGUUGUCACCGUUGUCACCGUUGUCACUGUUGUCACCGUUGUCACCGUUGUCACUGUUGUCACUGUUGUCACUGUUGUCACCGUUGUCACUGUUGUCACCGUUGUCACUGUUGUCACUGUUGUCACUGUUGUCACUGUUGUCACCGUUGUCACUGUUGUCACUGUUGUCACCGUUGUCACUGUUGUCACUGUUGUCACCGUUGUCACUGUUGUCACUGUUGUCACCGUUGUCACCGUUGUCACCGUUGUCACCGUUGUCACUGUUGUCACUGUUGUCACUGUUGUCACUGUUGUCACCGUUGUCACUGUUGUCACCGUUGUCACUGUUGUCACUGUUGUCACGGUUGUCACCGUUGUCACCGUUGUCACCGUUGUCACCAUUGUCACCGUUGUCGCUGUUGUUGCUGUUGUCGGUGUUUUUAUUAUUGGGACUCUGUUCACUGUUGGCGCUGUUGUUACUGUUGUCACUCUUAUCCCUGUUUUCACUGUUUUUAGCUUUUUUAGCUAUUGACUUUGUUUUCGCUGUUGUCUCUGUUUUUGUUGUGUUUUCGCUUUUUUCACUGAAAUAUGACUGUGGGUCAUUUUUGAGGUGUUUGGAUUGACAUCUCGGUGGCUCUGGAAGCUCCAUUUAAACGUUCUACUAUAUUAAUUAUACUUUUUUUUUAUUUUAGGCCAUGUCAGCACGUUCUUGAGAGAACUUCUUGCCUUGUGAAACGUGAAAGCAUUGAGGUACGUCUUUUCCUAACUCUUUCGCUUCGUUGGUCAAUUAAGGAGAUGUGUAACGAGAUUUCCGCUUUUGAGUUUUAUGGAUGAAAUCCUAAAGUGUACAAUUCAAAUGAAAGCUUCUAAGCAGUACUUUCCUGUGGUACUGUUUAUUAUGAUGUACAAGGUGGUUCUAACUUUUGAGUCUGUUGACGAAAUCCUAUGGUGUGACCAUUCAAAUGAUAGCUAUUGAGCAGUACUUUCCUGUGGUUUUGUUUAUUAUGAUGUACAAGGUGGUUCUAAAUAUUAAGUGUAUGGAUAAAAUCCUAAAGUGUGAUCCUUUAAAUGAAUGGUACUGAGCAGUACUUUGUUGUGGUGCUGUUCAUUAUGCUGUACAAGGUGGUUCUAACUAUUGAUUUCAUUGAUAAAAUCCUAAACUGUGAUCCGUCAAAUGAAAGCUACUGAGCAGUACUUUGCUGUGGUGCUGUUCAUUAUGCUGUACAAGGUGGUUCUAACUAUUGAGUUUAUGGAUAAAAUCCGAAAGUGGGACCCUUCAGAUUAAAGCAACUGAACAGUACGUUGCUGUUGUAUCGUUUAUUAUGCCGUACAAGGUGGUUCUGAAUUCCGACUACAACUAAUUUUCUACUGUGCAACUCCUUUUUUCAGCUGAGAUUCACCAUUGCUCUUCCUGCCCGAGGUCGGUCCAUUGAAGGACAUAUCUGCAUGAAAAUGCUCACGCAAAAUUUACCUCAGAUUAUUGAGGAGGUAAGGAAGUCAUCUUCAAGCUUCGGAGUCUUGUAACAGGGUCUUUUAUUGGCGAGUUCAGCUUUAUGAUUGUACGAGGUGACCUGCAAAUAACUGGGAUCUUUAUAUCAUGUGGAUCCUUGCUUCUUUCGGGAACAUGUCGUUUUAUUGCAGCUGUUCUUGACUCAUUUAAUUACAGGCCGAACUCCAAACUUUUCCAGAAAGGCUUAUUGUCAUGCGUGUUGCAGCCAUUGUAUUUGGAUAACUCAAUUCCUUUUGCUUAAGAUUUCCAAAUAAAGGAAAUUCUAAAUGUCAUUUUUUUAUGUUCCAUGGUUUUAUUGCAACAGCAGCUAGAAACACCUUCAUGAUUUGUUUUAAGAUCACAAAGCUUAGCGAUAUUUUAUGACUGCAGAAAAUUUUGUCUACCUUAAACUUUCCAUAGAGCCUACCCUGGUAACUUAGUUCUAUAGGCUGUUGUAGUUCCAUUCAUCAUUCUCCCUGGCGAGACUAUUAGGUGAAAUUCCUGAAUGCUUGGACCUCAAUAGCCUGUCCACAAACUUUUCGCGCAGACGAAUGGAGCGGGCGAGAGCUAGUGCGGAGCACGUGAAUCAGCGUUAAGCGCUCGAAAAAAACACCUACAUCCGCUAGCCUUCAUACUUUGCACGAGCGGUCAAUAAAUAUCGCGCCAUUUUUAUUUUCAUACGCGCACUCGACGGUCUCUAAAAAUAAAAUAGCGAGUUUGUGAACGGGCUUGGACCUCAGGGGCUGACUUUGUCGCAGGUGUUCCCGGGGUUUACCAUGGUAACUACAGGAGUCGAACCACACAGUAAGUAACUUGAGACCUGGCGCCUUAGUUAAGAGAAAGAGGCAAACCUAGGGAGGGGGGAAGUGGUGGCCACCGCCCCCUCUCCCUCCUAGUCCCUCGGCUUCGCUCGUCAAUUGUUUUGGCGCUACGUUAUUGGUUAAUCACUUUUCCUCUUCCGAAGAGCCCUGUACAGUUUAAGGUAUUGGUGAAUCUAUUAUCAAUGAAGACACUGAGUUGCGUUAAUUUGUUUCUUGUUUUGUUUCUUUUUUCAGGCUAUACCCUAUGCCAGCCAAGACGAAGAUGCUUUAAAGAAGCAUAUAGAGUGCGUUGAAGACCAAGAGUUUCUCCGCGCGCAGCUACCCACUGCAAAUCUUGCUGCAUUUGUCAGGGAUGGUGCGAUCUUGCCGCGCGUUAGCGGUGCAGAUGACUGCCCGAUGGACAAGAAUGAUGUUACACUGUUUAAAAGCCCCGAAAGCAUGAGUGUUGAGUUUGACCUACCUCAUGCCGGAAAGUAAGUUAAUAUGAAAAGGAACCAAAUUUUCACAAAUCGAAAUCUGUUUUUUCAUGUUCCUUAUUUUAUAUUUACCUUUGUUUUAAACACAUGCAUGCCCCGUUCUUUCUUGCGCCCUUACUUUCAAACUUUCAAUCACUUGCUACGCAGGCUAUCCAAGACUGGACCUUGUUUCAUUGUAUGUGCUUACUACGGUAAGCUCAUGCGCGGAUCUAGGAUAAAUACUGACCGAUUUCCUGAACGAGCGCCGAAGGCGUAAGCUUCUAGGGGGUUCGAGGGCAUGGUCCUCGUGGGAAAUGUUUUAGAUUUUAGCUCCCGAAAGUCUCCUUUCCUGGGUUUCCGAGUAGUUUAGACAGAAUAUUGGCCAGUUCCAUUCACCUUGGAUGAAGCUUUGCAACAUGGAAAGUUUUUUAUUCAUUAAAAAUAUAUCUAUUACGAAAAAUCUAACCGACUACCUUAAAACGCUGGAAACCGGUGUGGAUCGGUCCCUGAAGGUCUUCUAGAUCCUGGACACGUUCCAGUUCUAGUUCCAGUUAGAUUUUCCAAUCAGUACACUUGUUACUAUGGAGUUGCAUUGACAACGAAUACACGGUCAAUCAAUGCAGCGAAACCAACCUUAAUUCGCACACCUCUUAGCCUGUUCAAUAGCGACGUUUAAUAGUUUUGUGUUAUUUAUCCAAGACUUUUCAGUUUCUCCUUAAAAACAUUUCAUUUUUCAUGUGGUUUACUUUUUAAGAGUAACAGGGAUGGGCAUCCCUCGAGGAGUGACUCUGAUUGUAGGAGGAGGUUUUCAUGGCAAGUCUACCCUUUUGAAUGCUAUCCAGGUUGGAGUGUACAACCACGUCCCUGGAGAUGGUCGAGAGUUUGUUUGCACUGACCCUACUGCGUUCACGAUAAGGGCAGAGGAUGGUUAGUAUAGUCCUAUUUAUUACUAAAACCUCGUCUAUUUAACUUUUUCACUUCCAAAAUUUCAUUUUGCUAAUUGCUGAAACAAAUAGUACCAUGUGAAAGGACUGCAAAGAGGUUUCAGUUGAGUGGUCACAUCGUAGUAUUUCGUCCACAGACUCAAAAGUUAUGACUACAUUUAAAACAAAUUGUACCAUGUGAAAGUGCUGCGAAAGAGGUCUCAUUUGAAUUGUCACACCAAAGGAUUUCCUCCACAUACCUAAGCGUUACAUCUACAUGUGAAAGUACGACGAACGAGGUUUUAUUUGAAUGGUAACACCAUAGGAUUUCAUCUACAAUCUUAAGAGUUAGAGCUACCUACAAAUUAAAUAGUACCCCGCGAAAGUGCUGCGAAAGAGAUUUUAUUUGAAUGGUCACACUAAAGGAUUUUCUCCACAGACUCUAAAGUUAGAACUACAUACUAAAUGAAUAGUACCAUGUGAAAGUACUGCUGGAGAGGUUUCAAUUGUAUGGUAACAUCAUAGGAUUUUACCCACAGUCGCAAAAGUUAGAACCAUCUUGCAAGACUCUAUCAUUCACUCUCUGAAGUGUUUUCCACUAAGUAAAAUAGUGGUUUUUUUCAAAGGAGGAAAAAAAAUUCUCUUUUAUUCUAGGCAGAAGUAUCGAGAAGGUCGAUAUCCGCCCAUUUAUAAACAAUUUACCGUUCGGCCGUGACACAAGCAAGUUUAGUACCCAGGACGCCAGUGGCUCCACUUCACAGUCUGCUAAUAUUAUAGAAGCCCUGGAAACUGGGACCAAGUGUCUUCUGAUUGACGAGGUGACUAUUUUCUUGGAACUGCAAGAUCUAAUUCUUUGUUUCCCAUUUUGAAUCUUCAAGUAAAUGACACAGCAAUUAAAUUUACACUCUAAAUUUUGUUUUUACAGGAUACCAGUGCUACAAAUUUCAUGAUUAGGGAUUCUCGAAUGCAGAAACUGGUGGCUACUGAAAAAGAACCAAUAACACCGUUUAUAUCCAAGGUUAGUUCCUCCACUGUACCUGUUACCGGUAGGUUUAUCAUGUUAUGAAUAAAUAAAAUAAGUAAAUAAAUAACGUUUCAGAGGUAGCACAUCCACUUAGUGGUUGUUCGUUUACCCGAUUCCUGAUCGAAUUGGAAUCAGUGUGGAAAUGUUGGUUUUUGAGGAGAGAAGAAACCGUAGUUCCCAGAGAAAAACCUCUCAGAGCAAAGGAGAGAACCAACAGCUUACUCAUCCCACGUAUGGCGAGGCGAGGCGAGGCGAGUGAUUUCACCGCUGCACUAUUUUUCCUUCACAUGUGAAUGUAUUUUGUAUUUCCAUUUUCUGCUUUGCUUUGGUGUCAUGGACACGAUUUUACUUAAAAUCUAUGUUCUGUGCUAGGUGCGCAGCUUAUAUGAAGACUUUGGCGUCUCGACAAUUCUUGUUAUCGGUGGUUCAGGAGAUUAUUUUCAGGUAUGUAAGCCAGCUGUUUAUGGAAUAGACAUCAGUUAUCCGGCCUGUGUAAGAAGCGGUGUUCACAUGAAAGCGGCGGUGGGUUUGAGAAACUCCUUGGGGCCAUCCCCAAAAUUAUAUUAGGGAUUGCCUCGACAGUUUUUUUGAAAUCCUUGCCCAUUUUCAGAUCAAAAUGUGUAAUCAGUUCCGGUGAGCGUCACCAAGGCAGCAUUAUAUUCGUUCUAAAAAAUACCAAAAAAUUGACUUGUGUCAGAUCGAGCGCAUGCAUACUUUACGCUUUAGAGGUCUGACAUAAAGGAGCACCCGCGCAUUGUAUGCCGCUUUCUAAUUUUCAAGCAUACGGGUGUGUCUCAAUUAGUUUCCCUUGUCGGGGGAAUACUUUUCUUUUUCCUUACCGUCCAUAUUUUGCCAGGAAGGGCUAAGAAGGAAUGCAUAAUAACACUACGACUAGACUUCUCUUUGCUCUGCUCUGCCAUUUCACCAUAAUAGUAUUAUUGCAGUCUCGCUUUCCAUCACGUUAGUUUCCAUACAAGUUUACUUGUAUUAUAAUCAAUCCAUAUCGAAACAUCCUAGUCUACCGUACUAAUUUUCAGACUAAAGUACGUAGCUUGAUCGAUCCUUUCAAUGUCUACUUCUCAUCGCAGGUUGCUGAUCACGUGAUCAUGAUGGACUGCUACUCCGCGCGCGAUGUCACGAAUCAAGCACUGGUGAGUAAUCUUAGGGUUCUACUAUCUGUGAUGGAAUUGCCGUGAAUGAUUCGAAUGUCAGUAUCCUUUGCUCUUUCUAGAAACGUUUGAUUUUGUUUUCCAGGCCAUCGCCCGAGAACAUGCGGACAGCAAUCCUCAACCCAGAAUUCCAUUCGAGAUGCCAACACCGCGAAUACCAAUAGCAGAGAGUUUUGACGCCUCCAGGGGCGACAGAGAGAGGGUUCGUAUCUCAGUGUUGUGCACUUUCAUAACUCGAGCACCCCUUUAUUCCUGACUUAACCUGAGAUCAGGCUCUAUUGUCGUUUCGCUUUGAAAAUAACCGUUAGAGAGAAUGAAUGAGAACCGGCAAAACUGGGCCUGAUCUCAGGUUAUUCCUGACAGUUCUUGUGACGUUCGGAAAGUAUCCGCUCACAGUAUGGAAGAGUGGUCUCGACUCGGUCUGCCAGGGUUCUAAUCCAGCUCUCUCUCCUAUCCCCAUAUUUCUAUGUCUAUUUUUUUCACAGCCAAUUCUGUGAGGGCUUGUAAAGAGCUGCGUUCCGCCCCUCUCCUAUAGCCUUUGCCAGGCCCCCAGAUGGUAGGGACGUCGCAAAAAUUGUGCAAUAAGCCAAGCGAAAAUAAGACGCGCCCCCUCUAUCUCUCUCUCUCCAGCCCGCUUAUGUCCAGGAUUUAUAAAAAAAUUAACGAUUUUUCGCGAUGACCUUGCGAAAAGUCCAAAAGUAACAAAGUUAACGAUUUUUCGCGAACGAAAAGCGGCGCUGAGCAUCACGUUUUCCUUUACUACUCUCUUGGAGCCUAGAAAUAAGCUAGCUCUCGCCGCUAGCUGAGGUUAUUCCCCGGUUGUCUAAACGCGUCGUGUAUUCAGCUUAGCAAACUGGUUUGGUCAGGGCCCCACCUCUGGAUAGCGGACGCUUGCCUCAGCUGCACUGGUUUGCGUAGCAAUCGAGGAGCAAGGUGUCAGCACCUGCCUCAUGGUUCUCUUCCUUGCCAUGAGAAAAUCAACACUUGUACUAUUUUUACCUUUCAAAUUUCUUUCCAAUCACUACUUCAACGGUUUUUGUUUUCAACGUUCACUUUUUUAUCGUUUAAAUUUUCACGUGUUAUUAUAGUAUCAUAUUGCACGCUAUUCUUCAUUUCAAAUUGUAACGUCUUAGCUUAACCUCUUCAUUAUAUGUGAGACCCUGAAGAAGGAAGGCCGUGCCGAAAUAUUGCUAAAAAUAUAUAUACAGCUAUUUCGAGAAAGGUUGUCGGAAAAACAGUGCACGCGACAAUCCCGAAAGCUAAUAUGGGAUAUAAUCAAUACACUUGUUCUUGACACUGUAGCUGUCGAACCUACUUUUGUUGCUUUCCUUUAGCACUCGCAAACAUACGUCCAUGGCCUUUCUUGCCAUUCUUUGAAAUUUCUUUGAAAAACAGUUAACUAAAAACCACCCACAAUACCUUUCGCGAUUGUCGCGUGCACUUUUUCCGACAACGUUUCUCGAAACAGCUGUAUAUUGUCGACUGUAAAAUCAGCCUUGCUUCUUUUGUUCUAUAUUUUCACUUAUUGCUGAUUAGAUCCUUUAGUAGGAUUCGGUCCUUCUUUUUUGUAAGCUGGUCCUUGCUUCAAAAAUUGAAUUUCUUAAAGAUUCAGUUCGACAUGAGUCAAAAUACAUUUUUAUUUAAUGUAGCUGAGUGUGAUAUAUCCGUUGAGUGUUAAUGUGUGUUAUUCUUGCUCUGUUUUUAGACAACAGAUCGUCUGUUUCUUCUUCGCAUAACCUGCAAAAUCUUCCGCCAUUUUCUGCAGUUCUGCUCCUUCUGUAGCCUGUAUACAGACCUCCCCUCCCCUCAGGAAAAAAUCGGUCCUGAGGGAAGGGGGUCUGUACACAGGAUACGCCUUCUGCUGUCCCUUUUUUGUGUGUCAAUUAUCCGUAAAAGUGAUUCAUAUUUGAGGAUAUCGGCUAACAUCUUCCAAAUCUGGUCGAGGCUAGUUGGUUUUGAAGAAUUUGCCGGAAACCGAGAAAUAUCUUUUCGCGAAUGAUAAUUACUUUUACCAGGCGAUGUAAUUUAAGGUGAUUUAAUUAAUGCAAAUAAUCGUUUUUGUUCACUUGACUAUAUGUACAAUUUUGUUUCCCAGGUGAAAGUAAUGGGGAAGACGCAGUUUGGAUUCCAGGUUCAGUUUGGCCGGGAAGAUAUUGAUCUCUCUUACAUUGAGCAGCUGGGAGAAUACAGUCAAACCAGGUAAAAAGGAAAAAAUGUCACCCCUAUGAGCGGGGUAACCUUGAUACAACUUAGAUAACUUCAAAGCUUGACUCGAUUAAGGUAGAACCUCCUUUUCGCCUUCACGAUCAAGAAGAAAAAAACUGAGAGGGUCUGUUCGUAGGGUGAGUUUACUGCAAAGCACGCUUUCUUGAACAAAGAAAUAACCAUGACGUUUUGGGUUCUUAUUUUUCUUAGAGCUAUAGCGGACGCUAUUCUGUAUGCCCGGAAUAAUUAUAUGGAUGGGAAAAGGUCGCUGUUGGAAGUCUUACACAAGUAAGUACUUUGCGUUUUGGGUGUUUUGCCACAAAAAUAUUCCUAGUCAGUUGUAGAGUGCAAAGAAAAUCAUUUUUGCAGCUUUCCAUUCGGGCAAGCUGAAGCUAGCAUUUACUUGCCCAGACGUCAUUUCAACUAGCCCCAAAAACGUUUUGACUAACAGAAUUGGUUUCACCGUUCUUCUUUUAUUCGAAUUCCUCAAAAAAUAUCACUUGGCCGUCGGGCGAGUUAAAAACAGAAUUUACUAGCCCGAUAGCAAAAUCCACUAGCCCCGGGCUAUCGGACACUACUUUCUUUGCACGCUGAGUUGAAAAGCUCCUUGACACCCUUCUUUAUAUUUUUAGGGUUGAAGAAGACUUUGAUUCUAAAGGGCUGGACGUACUUAGUCCCACGCUCCUACUCGGAUGCUAUUCUCGACCCAGACUCUUAGAAAUUGCCGCUGCCAUAAACCGCUUUAGGGCACUGGAAAUGAGAUGACCCUAAUGGGUAAUCAUAAUUGAAAUCAGGAAGUGGAUCUGAAAAGGCUUAGGUUGGAGAGAUGCGCGGACAUAAAACGGAAGGUCUCGUUUAUGAGCUGGAAGCAACAAAUGUGUGGGAAAGAAGAAUCACGAAUGUGGCCUCAAGAAGUUGUGGUGUGACAAGAUCGGUCCUGUCACGUUGUUACGUUUUUGGGCGAAGAAUGAAGUCGUGGAAGAUCAUGUCUCAGAAAGGUCUCUUUUUAAGAUGGACAAUUUUUUAAGCAGGGAUGUAAAUGUUUCUUAGGUCUAGCUGACUGUCAGUUUCAGUACAAUUGAACUCUUUAUUUGACGUGUAGACCUUAUGACAAUUAUUUUAGUUCUUUCACGGUUUUUAACCAAGCAGGAGCCUCUUGAACUCUUGAGGUUGCUGAUAAAACAGAACUAAAGCCUGGGUGAUGGUACAAGUCACAAGAGGCAGGAGGAAGGGGAUCAUGCGCGGGUUAUUUCCUUUCCUAACUCCACUUCGUCUUUUCGCCUUAUGGCCGCUGUAGAUCACCAUAUUGUUCCCACUAACCUGUUCCAGGAUCUCAGAUACUAGUGCCCGUAAACAAGGUGAAGCAAAGAUAAGACGCGUUUUCCGUCACACUACAGUUCUCACGUUCGCGCACAUACUACAGUGGAUCUUCGAUAUAACGAAACUCUAUAUAGCACAGCCCUCGGUAUAACGAACGAUUUUCGUUAUCCGAGUCUCUCAUAGCAAAAUAUAUGAAAAAGAACCUCGAUUAAACGAAACCUCGUUAUUCGCUGUUGUCACAUAGACCAUAAUGCUCCUUGUUUACCCCCCAAAAUUUUGCAUAACUAUUGUUUCCAAUUUCUCCUGGGUAUUACAGUCGCCCCAAGAGAAAUCGACGACAAUGGUUAUGCAGAAUUUUGGGGGGCAAACAACGUGCGUUAUGGCCUAUGUGAGAAUGGUGAAUAGCGAACAUUUUUGCCAGUCUCUUGGCUCUUCGUUAUUUCGUGGUGCCACUGUGUCUUGAAGCCUGGAACAGACUAUGAUUUCACGUUUUGCUCUCCUCAGACUUCCUCAGCUAUCAAAAUCAAAGAUGGUGACUACUCGCGGGAAAAUCUGGUUAUCUGUUCUACCGAAAUGUUCACUUCGGAUGAAAAAAACAGUUAAUUCACAUGGCUUAAAAUGUGAAUAAAAAACAAAAGAACUUACAGGAUUCCAAGGGUGAUUCCAAGGGGCUCAAAGCCCCAAGGAAGGCAAGAUUUUUCAGAUACAUAUUCUUACUUUUCAAGCAUUAUCGAUUACGUUGUUUGUUAUAGAUGAGCGAUAUCAAUUAGUGACUGGCAA